GUGAUGAGUUGGAGUACCUUCGGCCCAACGUUUACCGCAAUGUAGCACGACAGCUCAACAUCACAGUGGCGUCAGAGAACAUUGUGUCCGAUGCCUUCCUGGCUGUGGCUGCAGACAUUUUCUCCACAGGUGUGACAUGGGGGAAGGUGGUUUCUUUGUACGCCGUGGCAGGAGCCUUGGCAGUGGACUGUGUUCGCCAUGGUCAUCCAGCUAUGGUCCAUACCAUUGUCGACUGCAUGGGGGAGUUUGUCCACAAGAGCCUGACCUCCUGGCUGAAAAGGAAAGGGGGCUGGGUGGAUGUAACAAAAUGCGUGGUGAACACGGAUCCCAGCUUCCGCUCUCACUGGCUGGUGUCUGCUGUCUGUGCCUUUGGACACUAUCUGAAGGCCACGGUGUUAUACCUCCUCCAGGAGAAGUGAAACAAAGUCACACACUGGAUUCUGAGCAGAUUGACCAGCACUGUACACCACCAGCACCAUUCCACUAAAGCCUCUGCUGCUUUGGAUUAUGUUUACACUCAUUUGCACUGAGCCUUCAUUGAUGAACACCUAUCCCUUCACAGAAAAAUGACCUUUCCUGCUUCUACUGCUUCUUCUGCUAGAUUGUCUAUUUAUUGUUAAUGGUUGUAUUAUGGCACGCGUGUGAUGUGAAUGUAUAAAAUCAUGUUUUUAGCUUUUCAUUUUUCUAACUACUUUACUAACAGCAAAACUGCUGUUUGAUGCCUGAUUUUUGUUAGUUUGGCUGCCCCUAGUGGUUGAAAAUGGUAACUACUGUAUAUUGACAGUAAGGGAUCCUGAGGCCACUCAUUAGGCUAUGGUCUUACAAAAAUCCCCACUUCUCACCUGGAUGG